CGCUGCCGGCCGUGUGUGUUCUUUCCCAGGGCUCCCGGCAUCCCGGAAGUUGGACCGCGGGCUCUUCACAGUCAACCUCCGGCCAGGGUUCGCCGUGUGCUUCGCUCCCUCGUCCCGCAGUCACCAGCUCCCGGGGCCGCUGCUCUAAAUCCGCAGGUCUCCGCCGGCGACAGACCCAUGGCCGAGCGCGGAGAACUCGACCUGACUGGCGCCAAACAGAACACCGGAGUGUGGCUGGUCAAGGUUCCUAAAUAUUUGUCGCAGCAAUGGGCUAAAGCCCCUGGAAGAGGUGAAGUCGGGAAGCUGAGGAUUGCCAAAAAUCAAGGAAGGACCGAGGUUUCAUUUACUUUGAAUGAGGAUCUUGCAAAUAUUCAUGAUAUUGGUGGAAAACCGGCUUCAGUCAGUGCCCCUAGAGAACAUCCAUUUGUGUUACAAAGUGUCGGAGGACAGACAUUAACCGUGUUCACUGAGAGCUCCUCAGAUAAGCUUUCACUGGAAGGAAUAGUGGUACAAAGAGCUGAAUGCCGACCUGCUGCCAAUGAAAACUACAUGAGGUUAAAGAGAUUGCAAAUAGAAGAAUCUUCCAAACCUGUAAGGCUAUCACAGCAGCUGGACAAAGUCGUGACAACCAACUACAAACCUGUUGCUAAUCAUCAAUACAAUAUUGAAUAUGAAAGGAAAAAGAAAGAAGAUGGAAAACGAGCCCGAGCUGAUAAACAACACGUUUUGGACAUGCUGUUUUCAGCUUUUGAGAAGCAUCAGUAUUAUAACCUGAAGGACUUGGUGGACAUCACAAAACAACCUGUGUCAUACCUGAAGGACAUCUUAAAGGAAAUUGGUGUUCAAAAUGUCAAAGGGAUCCACAAAAACACAUGGGAACUGAAGCCAGAAUACAGACAUUAUCAAGUAGAAGAAAAAAGUGAUUAAGAAGAUUGGAAGCCCGCCUAACAGAACUAAAGGAUGAUGAGCUGAGCAGACAGCCUUGAUGUGUGAAUCCUUGAGCACUAUCUAUUAUAGGGGGGAAAUGACUGGUACUUUAAUUUCUCUAGGUAAAUUUUUUAAACAAUAAUUCUUGUAAAGUUGCUUAAAUGAUUUUUGAGGAAAAAGAACACCUUUAUUUAUAUACUUGUAUUAAACCAGAUUAUUCAUGAUGGGGUGGGGAGUUGAAAGGUUUUUCUUUUUAAAUAUUAACUUUCAAAUGUAAAAUUAGGAAAUGUUUUCUAAAUGAGGACUCCCCAUCUUUGCGUGAAGAGUUGAAGUGAUAUAGAUCCAAAGUGAUUGGCACAGCAGGAAAAAAAAGUAGGCAACUCCAGAAAUUCUGAAAAGGAACUAAAGAAAAGUUCCUUCUUCUGAAAUUGUCACAGAGCAAGGCUGUCCUUUUUUUUUUUUUUUUUUUUAACAGGUGGUUGUGUUUCAUCUUUGCACAUAUUAAUGAAAGUAUAGCAUUUGGGUGUGUACUAAGCAGUUUGUUUUGUUUCUUUUUCAAGAUAGCAGUUUUCAUCAUUAGCUUACUUUACCCUAGUUACAGUGACCUGAGAAGUGGAAAAAGUCGUGGGCAGUUGCUCUUUCUUUGCUCUCUUCUUCUUUUAAAAUAAUUAGAAAUUAAAUGCUUUUCCAAUUCGGGGUAUACAUCCCCCAUCGUAAGCUUCUCAAAGAUGUUUACUGCACACUCAGCAAGCCUAUAUUGACUAGUGUGUGACAAAGGCUGUUUACCACCUAAAGGAGGGUUGUAGGGGUAAGGUUGAUGUGUACAGACAAACAGGUUAAUGUCAGCUCCUGGGGAAUGAAAGUGUUUCUUUUGUCUUUCUUUUUAAUUAGUUUUAAAUAAAAACAAUACCUGUCCAUGGUA